AUAUCUACAAAAAGCCAUAAAAUAUGAGAAAGAAGACUAAGACUCAAGUCAAUGAUGCGUCAACUCUUAUUUUUCACGAUACACAUGAAUAAGUAGAGUGAAGCUUAUGCUCGAGAGUCCAGAUAAAAUACAACCUGGUUAUUUACCUAUCUUCACCUUUCUCCAUAUCUUUUCUAAUUGAUGCAUUUUGCUUUCCUCUGUUUAGAAAUGAGUAGAUACAUUCACAGCUUGGGUUCAUCUCUUUGUUCCAUCAAUUAUAAUUACAUCUUUCAAAUCAUUGUUUCCCUGCUGGUUUUUGCUGUUCAUGUAGAAUCAUUAACCUUUAACAUCACUUAUUUCGACAUAAACGAUGCAAAAAACAUCAGCUACGGGAAUGAUUCAACAGUUGCAGAUGGAGUUUUACAGCUCACGAGGAAUAGAGUAGAUGCUGAACUCAAACAUAGUGUAGGACGAGCAUCCUACUCUCAGCCUGUGCGUCUUUGGGAUCGAAACACAAACGAAACAACCAAUUUUUCAACUCACUUCUCAUUUAACAUCACACAGCUGGAAAAUGAGUCUACAAUAGAUUAUUCAUAUGGUGAUGGUUUUGCCUUUUUCCUUACAGCCUUUAAUGAGUCUACAGUUUAUGCUCCGGAAUAUUCAGGUGGUGGAUCUCUUGGUUUGAUUUGCAAUAAUGAAAAUUGUAACGUCGCCAGUAAACACCCGUUUGUUGCUGUUGAGUUUGAUACUUUCAACAAUGAUAAGUUCGAUCCGGGUAUCUAUGAGACUUAUACUCAUUUGGGAGUAGAUGUCAAUUCCGUAAAUUCAAUGGUUUCUUCACCAUGGAGUGUACAGAAUGGGACUACGGCAAAUGUUUGGAUAACUUAUGAUUCUUCUACUAUGAAUCUGAGUGUCUAUCUAACUUAUGAUGAUCAUCCUGUCUUUACUGGGAAAUAUAACAUUUCUCAGAUGAUUAACUUGCGUACUAUCCUUCCAGAUGAAGUCAGAGUUGGGUUCUCUUCUGCUACAGGGGAUAGUCUUGAACUUCAUACUAUCCUUUCCUGGGAGUUCAACUCAACGUUAGAAGACACUGAGAUUAUUGUACCAACUCCUGCACAAAAUUAUACAACUCGACUGCCAACUAGGAAAAGCCAAAGCAAGCACAAAGCAGCUAUCGUUGAUGGCGUUUUAGCUAGUAUCAGUGUCUUAUUAGUGAUUGGAUUAGGCUUUAUAGUGUUUCUAAGGUGGCAGAGGAGAUCUAGGGAAAGAAGUAGUGAAAUGACUUAUGAUGUGGACGAUGAUUUUGAUAAGGAAACUGGGCCAAAAAGGUUCACUUACAAUGAACUUAGUCAUGCUACUAACAACUUUUCUGACGAACGAAAACUAGGAGAGGGAGGUUUUGGAGGUGUGUACAGAGGGUUUCUAACAGAUCUUGACAGAGAAAUUGCCGUCAAGAAGAUAUCGAGGGAAUCAAAACAAGGGAAAAAGGAGUAUAUGUCAGAAGUGAGGAUCAUUAGUCGUUUGAGACAUAAAAAUUUGGUCCAGCUUCUUGGUUGGUGCCAUGAACGAGGAGGCUUGCUUCUUGUUUAUGAAUGUAUGCCAAAUGGAAGUCUUGACUCACAUCUAUAUCGGGGCAAGACAAAGAGCGUCUUGCAAUGGACAAUAAGGUAUAAUAUUACCCAAGGCUUGGCUUCCGCUUUGCUCUAUCUUCAUGAAGAAUGGGAGCAAUGUGUGUUGCACAGAGAUAUCAAAUCAAGCAAUGUCAUGCUUGACAUUGAUUACAAUGCUAAGCUUGGGGACUUUGGGCUUGCAAGGCUUGUGGACCACAGUACAACUUCGCAGACAACUUUGUUAGCAGGUACCUUAGGGUAUUUAGCACCGGAGGUUUUUAAUACAGGAAAGGCUAGCAGAGAAGCUGAUGUCUACAGUUUUGGGGUUGUAGCUCUUGAAAUUGCAUGCGGAAGGCAGCCUAUUGAUGAUAAAGAAGAGCCUAAUAGGGUGAAAAUGGUAGAAUGGGUGUGGAACCUCUAUGGGAAAGGUGAUCUUCUUGAAGCAGUUGAUAUAGAACUUGAAGGAGAAUUCGACACACAGCAAAUCAAGUGCUUAUUGAUGGUUGGCUUGUGGUGUUGCCACCCGGACCAUGCUUCCCGUCCUACUAUAAGACAAGCUAUAAAUGUUCUUAAGUUGGAAUCUCCUUUGCCUAGUCUGCCUCUGAAGUUCCCGGUUCCUGUCUAUUGCUCAUCCCCAACGAAUGUAGAUAGUUCCUAUAUCAGUUCCUCCUCCUCUGGUAUUACAGGCAGCAGUAGUGGUACUACAAACUCUUCUUGUCAGCCAGUUGCAUCUGGCACUUCUCCUUUGUUGUCUGACAGCUUUAAUGUUUGAUUAAUCUCUUUUCAUUGUUCAGAAGAAAGAAAGUUUCUAUGUUGGUUAGUGUAGCCUGUAGGUGUAUGCACUUUCUUUUGUCAAACAGAUGAAGGAUUUCGUGCACUUAGCAGCAGCACGUAGCCAUAUACCGUGUCAACUUAAUUUGUCAUGUGAAGUUGUGAUCUAAAAAAUUUCAUCGCAUUGCAAUAAAAUUUUGUAUUUUUUUUUGA